CGGUUGUGCAAGUGUGUAUGUAUGUGCUAUACUGUAGGCGUCAACAACCGGGAUUGUCGGACGCGCUGUGUGCUGCUGUUUUACUACUGCCUCCCCCGUUGUACAGCAUAUAAUCAAAUAAAUUUGCAUCGAUAUCAAACUAAUUGAAAGACAGGGCAAGUUUUGUUGUGGUUGUCUUUCCUAAUCUUCAUUUUAUUUGAUAUCGUUACUUCUGUUCCGUGUAAUCGCUCCAAAAAAGUUACCGGUAGAGAAAGAGAGAAACGUAAUAUUAUAUAUACAAAUAAAUAUAUAUAUGAACGUGUGUGUUUUUUGAUUAUCAGCAGUGACAUCGUUUGUAUCUCUUCGUGCGUUAGAAGGAGACAAAAACAGACGACGUACAUAUUUACAAUACACAUAAGUGUACAUUUAUCGCGAAAAAAAGAGUGCAUCGCAUACAUCGACAACUACGUACAGGGGACAUCAUCAUCCAGCACCGAUCGAGUGCAUCAUUAUUAAAGUCCAUCCGCGGUUAUCAGUGCUCGUCGUCUGCUUGUGCAUUUUUGCUGCCGCAUACAUUUUACGUAUAUUUUUUUGUGGGCCGCAAUACGUGGCCUCUGUCCGACUAUUACAACGGCAACUAAAUUCAGCAACUCGAAGCUCCAGUUAUCCGACAUGGCAGAGAGCAAAGGAGCGCUUCUCGCCAAGAGCGUGCAGAAGCACGCAGGCAGAGCUAAGGAAAAGUUUCUACAGAACCUGGGCAAGGUGGACAGAACAGCGGACGACAUACUGGACGAGCACAUGCAAAACUUCAACAAGCAACAGAACGCCGCCAACAGACUGCAAAAGGAAUUCAACAACUACAUCAGGUGCAUCCGAGCCGUCCAGUUGGCCUCAAAGUCGCUCAUGGAGGCGAUGAACGAGGUAUACGAGAGCCAAUGGACCGGCCACGAUCUGUUGUACGUGCAGGCACAGAACCUCGACAUGCUCUGGCAGGACUUUGCCCACAAACUCGGCGACCAGGUCCUUGUGCCCCUCAACACGUAUCAGAGCCAGUUUCCAGAAAUGCGGAAAAAGAUCGAAAAACGCGGCCGCAAACUGGUGGACUACGACAGCCAGAGGCACAGUUUCCAGGCGCUCCAGUGCAACCCGAAAAAGAGGGACGAGCUGAAGGUGACGCAGGGCAAGGAGCGCCUCGAGGAGGCCAAGCGUACCUACGAGCUCCUCAACUCCGAGCUGCACGACGAGUUGCCCGCCCUCUACGACUCGCGCGUCUUGUUCCUCGUCACCAAUCUACAGACGCUAUUCUCGGCCGAGCAGGUCUUCCAUACCGAGAGUGCCAAGGUUUUUGCAGAACUCGAGGCUCUAGUCGACAAAUUGGCCAACGAAAGCCAGCGGGGAUCCUACACGAUCAAAAAGAACUCGACGCCCCAGUCGCCCAAAUCGCCUAACGCAAAUUCAUCGCUCAUCAUCAACACGCAACCUCAACACGUGUCGGCAGUUUAUCCUCAAGUACAAAAUCUUCAUUUGCUGCAGGAGUGGCAUACAAGCCUCAACCAGGAUUAG